AUGGAAUCAAUAGCAAGGAUCUCGUCGCUGCUAGAGAGCGCCCGAGAGCUCACCCUCGAUGCCGCCUCGGCCGCCCGCAGCGCACGCAGCUCCUCCAAGCCUCUCGAUCGCGUCCAGGUCAAGAAGCUCCUCGAUAGCCGCAAUGAACGAGAAGUGUUGGACGGUCUGCGCCGGGUCAUCUCCAUGAUGUACCGCUCGCAAAAGACACACCCUCUCUUCUCCUCCGUCGUCAAAAACGUCGCCUCUCCGAAUAUCGAGAUCAAGAAGCUGGUUUACAUCUACCUGAUUCACCAUGCCGAGGAGGACCCCGACCUUGCCCUGCUCUCCAUCAACACCAUCCAGAAGUCGCUUUCGGAUUCCAACCCUCAAGUACGCGCCUUGGCUCUACGAACAAUGUCAAACAUACGGGUACCCGUUAUCAGCCAGAUUGUGUCGUUGGCGAUCAAGAAGGGCACCGGAGACAUCAACCCCUACGUGCGCCGAGCCGCUGCCUUGGCAGUCCCCAAGUGUUACCGACUCGACCCUUCCCAGAUGCCCCAGUUGCUCGAAUACCUCUCGACACUCCUGGCGGACAAGCAAUAUUAUGUGGCAGGCGCCGCCGUCACAGCCUUUCUGGAGAUCUGCCCGGACAGACUGGACUUGAUACACAAGCAUUACAGGCAGUUGGUCAAGAUGGUGGUGGACAUGGACGAAUGGAGCCAGCUCUCAACACUGCGACUCAUGACGGUUUACGCACGAAAAUGCUUCCCGCGACGGACCCGAAUUGUGAAAGCCCAGGACAAGGCGGCUGAUCUUCAUGACUUCUACGGGGAUAACGCCGCUGCAAACACGAAUAAUGACUCGGAGGGCCAGGAGAUUGUUGUUCUUGACCCUGAUCUUGAGCUACUCCUCAACAGCAUCAAACCCCUCCUCCAGUCACGAAACUCGGGCGUUGUGGUGUCAGUAGCACGCUGUUACGAUGCUGUAGGCACACCCGAGUACGUCAAGACAGCCAUUGGGCCAUUGAUAGCCUUGCUACGAGGCGCUCAGGAUAUCCAACAGGUUGCGCUCUUCAACAUCGUAUCCAUCUGCCUUACCCGAUCUGCCGAUUUCGUUCGCUAUGCCUCGCACUUCCUUGUGCGUGCAACGGAUACGCAGCCCGUAUGGGAACUCAAGCUGGAGCUUUUGACCCUCAUCUUCCCACAUGCGCCUCCCCAUGUCAAGAGCCUUAUUCUCAACGAGCUUGAGCAUUUCAGCCGAGGAACCGAUAAGGCGCUGGUUAGGGAGGCAGUCAGGGCCAUUGGCCGCUGUGCCGUCACAGACACAGCAGCUGCACCCAGGUGUCUGCGGUUGCUUCUCAGUCAGAUCACUAGCUUGGACGGCACGCUGGCCGCAGAGAGCUUGACAGUGAUACGACAUCUGAUCCAGCAGGACCCAACUGCACACGUCGCCACGGUCGUAAGGCUGGCAAAGAACUUGGACUCGGCCACCGACCCACACGCUCGCGCCACCAUCAUCUGGCUAGUAGGCGAGUUUUCCGGUCUCAACGGAGAAGACAACAUCGCCCCUGACGUGCUUCGGAUCCUGCUCAAGGACUUUCCCUCCGAGUCAGAGAUCGCUAAACGACAGAUCAUCCUGCUCGGCGCCAAAGUCUGCCUCCAUUACCUUAACCGACAGAUCGUAGCAUCACAAACGGCCGACGGCGAACCAGGGCCUCCACCCAAGCUCCUCGAAGACGAUGACCAUCCAAUCGCAAAGUUAUGGAGUUAUGUGCUCCUCUUAGCUCGCUACGAUACCUCGUACGACCUCCGUGACCGCACCCGUCUCUACAAAGCCUUGCUUGGCGUACCCCAGCUCGCGACGCUCAUGCUGCUCGCACCCAAGCCCGCGCCCCAAGCUCAGAGUCCAUCGGAGAUAAGACGUGGGUAUACCCUUGGCUCUUCAGCCCUGGUCCUCGCCGAUGCCGCUGGUGUCCACGGCGUCAGAGGCUACGAGGACUUGCCCGACUGGGUCGAGGAGGGCAAGCAGCCGGAUCCGAGACUGAGAGAGACCGGUGUGCCGCCAACCGCGACGUACGGUGAGAAGCGAGUCGUACCGGCUUUGGAAAUUUUGGAUGGUGGAUCCUCUAGGUCAGUGCCCACGAAGGCCAACGGUCUGGGAGAGGGAGUAGGGACAAAGACACUUGAUGAUUGGCUUGCGGAGGAGGAGGAUGUGGGUAAGAAGGCGGUGCCUUUGUCAGCACCUGUGCAACGGCAGGUUGUGGAGGAGAGUGAAGAAGAGGAAGAGGAAGAGGAGGAAACAACUGAGGAAGAUGACGAGGAGGAGGAGGAGGAGGAAGAAGAAGAAGAAGAGGAGGAAGAGGAAGAUGAUGAAGAGGAGGGUAGUUCAUCGGAAGAAGAGGAGUCUGAUGGCGACGAGACUGAAGACGCGAGGCUGAUGGGGGCAUGA